AUGACAACCCUAGUUCAUUAUUUGGUGUUCAAUUGGUUUGGAAGGCAGAAAUUUGGAAAUAAUCAAAUUUGGGAAGGAAUCAGGGAUCAACUCUGUGAACCUGAAUUAAAUCCGAUGUGGCUGCUUGUAAAAUUUUGGCAAUAUAUCAAAAUGGAUCCGAAAAAGGCCUUCAAGGAUAGAUUUCUAAUUGACAUCCUUGUGCUUCGAAGAAUGAAUUGUAAGGUCUUUCAACAUCAAUUCAACUACCAUUGGAAUGGCCAGAUCAAACUACAGGAGCCACCGAAAACUCCUAUAGAAGAACUCAAUCAAUGGGCAUCAUACAUUACUAGGAUGUUUUCAAAAUUAUUAACGAAGCGUAACUACCAGAGGUGCAAAGGAAACACAACUUUGCGAUUAUAUGAAGCGCCUUUUAUUAUUGCGGCUGACGCUUCAAUUCAAUCUGUGGUUAAUUGGUGUGACAAUCCUGGGGAUUGUCGUCUGGUCUAUUUUGAUGGUGAAACUGAUCUACACACCAUUAUUUAUUUUGGAAUCAAAUCAACAGACCUUUUUAUUGUCGUGAAACCCGAUGAUGAAAUAAUGGCUUCAAUUGAUAGGUCCUUGAAGUUCUGGAGAAGGGCUGUGUCCCAAUCAAAAUUACUCUAA